AUGGCGGGAGAGCAAGACUCGGACGAAGAAAUAAAUAGACUUCUUGAAAACAAAGAUGCAAAAAACACAAAAAAAUCAACAAAGUUUGCAGUUCGUGCUUUCCAUGGCGCGAUUGAAGACUUAGAGAAAGCCGAGCAGAAUAUAGAAAGCCUCGAUAAAAGCUUGGCAAAUUUUUUUGCAAAUGCAAAAAGAAAAGACGGGACCAAAUACAAAGCUAGUGCUUUACAAACAUUAAGAAACGGACUAAGGAGACAUUAUUUGGACCGAUUGGGCAUUGAUAUUGUCAACGACAGGUCGUUCACUUAUAGUACGAAGGUUUUCAAAGCUUCAGUCACCGAUUUACGUCGUCAAGGUCUCGCUACAGUACAACAUCACAUACCUAUAACGAAAGUUGAUAUGGCAAAACUUUACAGUGGUGAAACGAUUGUUUUUGAUAUUCACGCGCCAAAUGGAUUGCUGUUAGAGUUUAGUUCGAGUUAUUAA